AUGUUCUAUUCGGAAACCCUCCUUUCCAAGACCGGUCCGCUGGCCCGUGUCUGGCUGUCGGCCAACAUCGAACGCAAACUGACCAAGUCGCAUAUCCUGCAGUCUGACAUUGAGGGCAGUGUCAAUGCCAUUGUCGACCAAGGGCAAGCGCCCAUGGCUCUGCGGCUGAGCGGCCAGCUCUUGCUCGGUGUUGUGCGAAUUUACAGCCGCAAAGCGCGUUACCUUUUGGAUGAUUGUAAUGAAGCAUUGAUGAAGAUCAAAAUGGCUUUCCGCCUAACAAACAACAAUGAUCUGACUACCACUGUUGUUGCCCCGGGUGGCAUUACUCUUCCCGAUGUGCUGACUGAAUCUGAUCUGUUCACCAACCUGGAUGCUUCUCUUCUCUUUCCUCAGAAUCUGAAUCUUGAGUCUACAGGCAAGCAGGCUGGCGCUCUGGACUUUGGAAGCCAACUUCUCCCGGAUAGCAGCUUCCGACGAUCAGUAUCUCAGGAGCCCGCGCGCCUCGAGGACCCUUCCCUCGUUGAUCUGGACCUGGGUGAAGAUGAAAUGCCUCUUGGACUGGACACCACCAUGGAAGUUGGUCGAGAUGCACCCCCACCUCGCCCUAUGGAAGACGACUUGUACAGCGAUGCCGGAAAACUCAAUGAUAAUGAUGACUUGGGUCUCGACUUGGGCGAGGACGAUGUUCCCCUGGACAAGAUGGAUUUGGAUGAUAAUGUCAAUGAUUUGCUUCCCGAUGCGCCAAUUGACUUUGGUGGAGACGAUGAUUUUGGUGGACUGACCCCCCGAGCAAACGAUACACACCGGUUCAACCGCGAUACCGAAAGUCCUCUUUCAGACGCUGGAUCUGUACAGAUGAAUCAAUUGGAGGAAGAAUACAACCGUGAGGCAUCUGCUGAGCCUGAAGCUGCUGCCCAACAAAGCCGUACCAAGCGCCAGCGACUUAUUGAGAUGGAUGAGCAUGAUCAUCUCUCUCAAGGUCAAAUUCGGGAGCAGCAGGAGGACCGCUCCGCCAUCCUCAAGCCUACUUCUUUCCUUCCCCGCGACCCAGUUUACCUCACUCUCAUGACUCGCCAGCAAAAUGGAAACUUUGUCUCCAGCAUUUUUGGCGAGGAGCGUAGCCGCGGCCUAGCCCCCGAACUUCGUGGUUUGCUGUCUUUGGAAUCCGUCAAGAAGGCCGGUGAGCUGAAGCGCAAGCGUGACAGUGGAAUUUCUGACAUGGAUGUUGCCGCUGCCGACCUUCCUGCUCUGGACCUUGGGGACGACGAUGCCGUUGCUCCACUUGACGAGGGCAUUGGCCUUGAUACCACGUUCAACCAGCGAUCUGAGAUUGACUUCCCCGGAGAUGACGGCGAGCAAGAUCUGCAGUUGAGUGACGAUGGAGGCAUUGCUGAGCCUCUGGAGGAGCUCGAUGACACGAUCCAUCCUGUGGAUACCGAGCCCGUCUCCAUUGGCACCAAGCACGCCGUUCACAUUCUGCGCGAACAGUUGGGCGAUUCAGAACAAAAGAAGAGUGUCAUCUUCCAGGACCUGCUUCCUGAGCAGCGCGCAACCAAGGCCGAUGCUACCAAGAUGUUCUUUGAGCUUCUUGUUCUGGCAACCAAGGACGCUGUCAAAGUUGAGCAACCCUCAAAGACUAUUGGCGCUCCACUGAAGAUCCGCGGCAAGAAGGCUCUUUGGGGCUCAUGGGCAGAAGAGAAUGCCGGAGGCGCCAUGAGCCAAUUGGCUCAAGCUCUGUAG